CAAAUGUAUAAAGGAAUACAUAAACAUAAAUGAAAAUAAAAAAGAAUAAAAAGGAAUAAAAGUAUUCUGAAGUUAAAGAAAAAAGAGUUAAAAUUUGUAAGAAGAAAAAAGAAUAAUCAUAUGUGAGAUCAUUUUAAAAAAGACAAAAACCUGGAAUAAUAGGUCUUAGUGAGACAAUUGAUUAUCAAAUUACACUUGUUGGGAUUAUUGGUACAGUGUGGAAUUAUUAAUUUCCAUUAUUGCAAAGUUUUUUACACCAAAUUAAAAAAAGGAUGUGAGAUACUAAAAAGUUUCUUACAGCAAAUUAAGCCAAUUGAACAACUUCAAUCAUAAUUUCCUCAUUGUUGCAGAUUGAGCGGAUUGAGUGUUGAGUUUUUGCAGCCAAAGAACCCUAGUUUGUCGUGGCUCUUAUGAUCUCUUGAACCGCCAGACUGUGUGAGGUUGGUUUUUGGGUUGGAUCAUGUCAUCCAAGCCGUUAGACUAUGAGAAUCUGAAUGAAAAUGUGAAGAGUUGUCAAUAUGCGGUCAGAGGUGAGCUUUAUCUUCGGGCUUCAGAGCUUCAGAAAGAAGGGAAGAAGAUCAUCUUUACGAAUGUUGGCAACCCUCAUGCCCUCGGGCAAAAGCCCCUGACCUUCCCUCGCCAGGUAAUUGCGCUCUGCCAAGCCCCAUUUUUAUUGGAUGAUCCAAAUGCUGAACUUGUAUUCCCGAAUGAUGCAAUCGAAAGAGCUAAACAAUACCUUGCAAUGACCUCUGGUGGUCUAGGUGCUUACAGUGAUUCACGUGGAAUUCCGGGAGUAAGGAAGGAAGUGGCAGACUUCAUUGAGAGACGGGAUGGAUACCCAAGUGAUGCAGAACUCAUAUUUCUGACAGAUGGGGCCAGCAAAGGAGUAGCACAGAUCUUGAAUACUAUCAUCCGCAACCCCAAUGAUGGGAUAUUAGUUCCGGUUCCGCAGUAUCCGUUGUACUCUGCUACAAUAUCCUUACUUGGUGGUUCUCUGGUUCCGUAUUAUCUUGAAGAGAAUUCAAAUUGGGGUCUGGAUAUCAAUGACCUUCAUCGUUCAGUUUCAGAAGCUCGAUCCAAAGGAUUAACUAUACGGGCAAUGGUGAUUAUAAACCCUGGAAAUCCCACUGGGCAAUGCCUUAGUGAAGCAAACCUGAAAGAUGUAUUACGAUUCUGUUACCAAGAAAACUUGGUGUUGCUCGCAGAUGAAGUUUAUCAACAGAAUGUCUACCAAGAUGAGCGUCCCUUUAUAAGUGCAAAGAAGGUUCUAUUGAAUAUGGGCCCACCCAUAAGCAGAGAAGUUCAGCUUGUUUCAUUCCACACAGUCUCAAAAGGAUACUUUGGUGAGUGUGGACAGCGUGGUGGAUAUUUUGAGAUGACUAAUAUCCCUCCCAAGACUGUCGAGGAGAUAUACAAGAUUGCUUCGAUAUCCCUUAGUCCAAAUGUGCCUGGGCAAAUAUUUCUAGGUCUAAUGGUGAACCCUCCUAAAGCUGGAGAUAUCUCUUAUGCUCAAUUUGUUCGGGAAAGCAAAGGGAUCCUUGAGUCGCUAAGGAGAAGGGCCCGUAUAAUGACAGAUGGAUUCAAUCGCUGCAGAAAUGUUGUCUGCAACUUUACUGAAGGUGCCAUGUAUUCUUUCCCACAAGUAUGCCUUCCCCGCAGAGCUAUUGAAGCUGCCAAAAUUCUAGGAAAAGCUCCUGACGUUUUCUAUUGUCUCAAGCUCUUGGAGGCCACAGGAAUCUCCACCGUUCCUGGCUCAGGAUUCGGUCAAAAGGAAGGGGUUUUCCACCUUAGGACAACUAUCUUGCCAGCUGAGGAAGACAUGCCCUCUAUAAUGGCUAGUUUCAAAGAGUUCAAUGACAAAUUCAUGGACCACUAUGAAGAUCACAAAGGCUAUUCCAGAAUGUAACUACUGAUUAUAUGCUAGAGAAUAAUCAACUUUUACAAUCACGAUAUGUGUGCGUGUGCAUGCAUAUAUAUAUGCAUUUAUGUAUGUUAUAUAUACAUAGUAUAUAAUACGAAUAACUGGAGAGGUAAAUCAUUUUACACAAUGUUAUUUUCAGUUCUGUGAUGGUUUGGUUGUAAUCCAAAAUAUCUUUGAAUAUACAUGCAUGAAUAAAU